AUGCCCUGGUCGCCGGAACCGGAACCGGUAGUAAAGGAGGAGUCAUCGCGGAAUGAACGUGAUCAAGAACAAGAACAUCCUCAUGAUGAUGUACCAGAUGAUCCCACUGCAUUACUGAGCGACUAUCAAGAACUGAUCAAUAAGUGUAGUAUGAGUUGGACUACACCUGAGAUAAUAAGUAUGCGCCUGCUGGAUGCACUUUUGGAGAAAAGUGUGAGCGUAGUUCAAGAGUUUUUGAAUGAUGAUGAAAAUCUUGCUCUUAUCAGAGAUCUCCCGCCAGCAAACCAGUCUUGGUUUAACCAAGAGCGAUCAGUAACAGAAGUUCAAAGUUUGUCUGUUAUUCUGCGUGACAUCCCUGGGAAAGGAAUGGUGCAGGAUAUGAACCAAGUUGAUCUUUUUGAGGUCCUGGAAGAGGUAGCCUCCACAAUGAAUUUGUGA